CGUCAACUUUCUGAUGACUGGGAGCAACGCACUAAAGCACAAUGCAACUGACCACAAGGCAUGACAGCUGAUGAUUUGGAAAACAGACAAUGACAAACAACUUCACAAUGAGUGACCAUGGACUGAGUGAUGUUGCAUUUCUUUGUGAGACUGACUUUCCAACUUUUACUGGCCCUUUCUUCAUCUUGAUCUUCAUCAUCAGCGUCAUAGGCAACAGCCUCCUCUUAUGUGUUCUCUUCAUCUACGAGAAACUGAAAAGUAUCACAAAUAUUUUCAUCCUGAACCUGGUCUGCUCCGAUUUGAUCUUCACCAUCACACUUCCAUUCUGGGCCGUUGAUCAUUUACACCACUGGGUCUUUGGGGACUUUGCCUGCAAAUUUCUGACUGCUGCAUUCUUUGUUGGACUGUACAGCAGUGUCAUUCUGCUGACUGCCAUGACAGUGGAUCGUUUCAUUCUCGUGGUGCUGCACAACUGGCCGAGCAACCAAGUUAAAAGGAAGAGGUGUGGAGUUGGUGUCUGUAUAGCUGCCUGGGUCAUCAGCAUCUCAGCAUCCCUGAGCGAUGCUAUGAUAGUAAAAGUAGUAGACUGGGAAAAUGUUACCUAUUGCGGGCCUGAAUUUGAUGACAAGCUUGGACGUUAUCUCCAAGUAUCACUGCUAUUCUUCCUCCCAUAUGCCAUCAUUAUUUUCUGCUAUUCUGCCAUCCUAAUGAAAGUUUUACAAGCUUUAAACAGAAAGAAGAACAGAACUGUAGUUGUGCUGUUGUGUAUUGUUGCAGCCUUUUUCUUUUGCUGGGGGCCAUACCAUAUUGUGCUUUUAAUUAAAUCUCUUUAUAAACCGAUAGGUUGUAAGGCACAGGAACAGUUAGCAGUUGCCUACCAUAUUUGUGAAAUGCUUGCCUAUUCUCACUGCUGUAUGAACCCUCUGCUAUGUAUGCUCUCACAGAAGAUGCGAAAGCAUCUGUUGAAUCUUUUAUGCUGUAAAAAACUGUGCAGCAAGAAAAGAGAGGAAGACACUGGCCAGAACACUUCUGUUACUCGUAAUGUAGCUUUUACAACUGUGAGUUCUGCUGUUCAGUUGGAACUGCAUCCAUUAAACAUACACAGUUGA